GCGGAGAUAUGGAGAGAUGGGACUUUGGAGAAUUCCACUUCUGGUCCCUGCCAAGUCCCCUCGACCCAAUUAGAAAUGUCGUCGACCACUUUAAACAGCUCAGUUUGGAGAUCUUCUGUUAUCAUGUACAUAAUUCUUCAACUGUGCCGCACCACAGCCUUGUGCUGAGAUAUCUCAACUCCAUUCUUUCAAACAGUUAUCAUGAAUCCUUCGAUAAUAAUAGCAUCCUGGUCUUGAACACUUCGUCUUAAUGUUUCCAUCAUUGCUCCUUCGUUUUCCCCCAAGUUUUUAAUAUCCAAUAUUCGAUCUCACUGUCGUUCUCGCGCUUCCAAUUCGUGGUGACACCCAGCAUACACGAACUGAAUCAUUUAGGCAGUAUACUGGCCCCACACCUUCAGCAGGUAUUCCUUCUGUUUUCUUGGCCACUGCAUAUACUCUCGCUUUCGCCCAAGGUCUGAAAAGUUACGACAAUCAUAUCGCACAUCAUGGCCGAUGUUGAAGAGCCCCAAUUUACCACCCUCGCGCAACGCAUUGCUGCAUUGAAGCAACAGCAAGCGGGGGACUCUGCCCCUCCCAAUAAUGCUCUGAUAGUAGCCAAACGACCUCCGCCACCUCCUAUCCCUACUUCCGAUAGACCUCCUCUUCCCACAAGACCAAAGACUGCCAACAAUCCUCCAAUUGUCACAUAUGGUUCUUCUGUCAGCCAGAAACCAUUCAAUGAGCCACUUGGCACAAAAGCCAACUCGAAUACAGUCAAUGGCAAUGCCCUAGUUAAUGUUUCCAAGAGUCCUGCCCUCCCACCUCGAAAUGCACCUCCCCCAUUACCCACGAGAAAAGCCUCGACUCCAAAUCUGCCACCGAGAAGAGCAUCUACUUCUACACAAUUGGCAAGGAGAGGUUCGGGAGAUUCGACCAUCUCACAAGUGUCUACGGUCUCGGCCAUGUCAUUGAAUAGUUAUGGCAGACCUGCAUCUUCAGUAACAUCUAUAGGGUCAAAAGACGGAAGAAUGCUACCUCCUCCUUUGGAUAUGGCAAAACUUCCACCUCUACCACCUUCACGAAGAGAAUUACAAGAAAAAGCAAGGCUAGAGCAGAAGGCUAAAUUCCCUCUCGUUUCUACCAAGUCAGCUCCCGUUAUUCUCAAACAACCUCCAGUCGUUGAACGUGAUUUGCCUCCCAAAAUGCCUCCAAGAUCUAAUGGCCCACCCAAAAUGCCCCCUAGACCCGUUGCAAAUACAGAGGACGAGAAUUCAGUCUCUUUACCACCACGAAGACUACCACCGCCUUCCCAUGCUCGUUCUGCUCUAGCACUAGGAUUUGGCAAUAAAUCUACGGAAACACCAAAUCCUUCACCAAGACCAGCACCUACAUACAAUAGGUCCCCCGGUCCUGCUGUUCAAGAACUGAAUGCCAAUAAUUUUGAUCAUAUCAUUCUCUCCGGAAAAUUUGCUCUUGUGGACUUUUAUGCUCCAUAUUGCAAGUAUUGUGUUGAAUUGGAUCCACAUUUUAAACAGCUUGCCGAGGAUUUUUCAUUUGCUUCUGACAGAAUUGUGUUUGCGAAAGUUGAUGUUGAUGCACACAAAUCUUUUAUGGCAAGAUAUGGCAUCGAAGGAUAUCCGACCAUCAUGUUCUUUGACGGAAAUGGGGAUAAUCCAGAAAGGUAUCAAUAUAUGAGAAAAACUGAUGCUAUGACAAAGUUCCUGGUUGAAAAGACUGGAAUAUCACCAUCUGAUGCACCAAAACCUGGGGGAGGAGCACCACCACCCAUUAACUUUCGAUCCAAGCCAUCAUCGGCUCAAGUAAAAGCUGUAAGUGCUGCUCCAACUACAUCAUCUUCUCCAUCACUGGGCUGCCUUUUAUGUCGAGACUUUUCUGGUCCGGAUCAAAUUGCAUCAAAAUAUUCAAGGGAAUUCCUUCCAAGAUCCCCUGAUAAUACAGGAUAUCUUGCUGAUGUUCUUUGUCGUUCUUUCAGCUCGCCUACUGAUAAAGCUCGUGCUAUCUUCGUUUGGCUUCAUCAUAACAUUGCUUAUGAUACCGGAGCCUUCUUCGGAAACCGAGUCAAAAAUGUUACACCUGCCGAUACUAUCAAAACUGGACUAGCUGUUUGUGGUGGAUACGCUGGUCUUUUCACGGCUAUUGCGCUUAAAGCAGGACUCGAAGCAAUCAUGGUAACUGGCCAUGGAAAAGGAUUUGGAUAUACACCUCUUAAGCCAGGAGAAUCAUGUCCGCCACCUAAUCCUGGUGGUCAUGCCUGGAAUGCAGUACGUAUCGAUGGAGGAGAAUGGAAACUGAUUGAUGCUUGUUGGGGUUCUGGACAACUAGGAGAUAAUCAAAUGUACAACAAAAAUUUGAUCUCAUCCUACUUCACCAUGUCGAAUGAAGAAUUUGGCCUCAAGCAUUUUCCAGCCAACAAGUCACAUUUCUUUAGAAAAGACAGAAGAGUUUUGACGUGGGAAGAAUACUUCAUUGGAAAUCUUGGUGGUGAACCAUUGCAGAUUUUCGGUUCUGUCGAAGAUCGCCAUGGCAUCUCACAAACUUCAAUCACUCCACCUCAAAAAUACAUUCAAGCAUCAUCUGCAUCUAACGAAAUAAUGCGUUUCCAACUCUCAAAGAUCUGUGAACAUUUCGAUUUUGAGCGCAAUGGUGCUGGUAAGCCUUAUUGCCUGGUUCUGAAAAUAGGAGGAGUGGAUGGGAGAAAGGAUGAUAUGAUACCAUUUGAAUUUGAUGGAUAUUGGUGGUGGUUAGAUGUUAAAGUUAAGGACUUGGGUACGAGAGGUCAGACAAUUAGUUUGUAUGCGGUUACGGUUGUUAAUGGAGAAGAUGCUAGGGGAAUGACGAAGAGAGAUUAUGAGGGGAAGAAGGGGAACUGUGGGAUGGAAUUCGCGGGAGUUGCGGCAUGGGAGUUGAAUUGAUGUUGUCUAUGAUGUGGUGAUCAUGGAUAGGGAUAACUUACAUGAUGAGCUGGUGAGCUGGUGAGCUAGUGAGCUUUGGAUAAGCUUACUAGUACUUGGUGUCUUUCGUUUAGUUUGUAUUUGGCUCGGCUCGGCUCGGCUUGGCUUAUGGCGUUAAAGGAUCUGAUCUGGAAAGGUAUACACAUGAUGGACAAAUCGAGAUAGACCACAGCAUUCUCUUUACCUAUCAAUUUCCUUCUACAUUUUUAUAAUCCUCUUAAUACCCAACACAGCAUAGUGCAAAUCCACACACACACACA